AUCUUUUUCAGGUUCACACUUACCAAACUGAAGCUACCCAGUCUGUCAUGAUUCAUCAGUGUUGUUUGACAGCAUAAUAACAGUAAAAGGCUGUCCAAAUAAUUUCCUUCCAUCUUGUGACUCUUCGUCUCUGUGUCUCUCCAUCAGUGGUAAGAAGCAAGAAUAUUAUGAUGCAGAGCAGCAACGACAAAACAAGAGAUGAAGUGGUUCCUUUGUUGCUGAAACUACCAUCAAUAGAAGACAAAGAAAGUGGUGGUGAUUCUCAUCAAGAGGAAGAUCUAUGGAGGAAGUUCUCGAUCGAAUCGAAGAAGCUAUGGCGCAUCGUGGGUCCAGCUAUCUUCAGCCGUCUCUCCUCUUACUCCAUGAUCGUCAUCACCCAAGCUUUCGCCGGCCACCUCGGUGAUCUCGAGCUCGCUUCCAUUUCCAUUGUCAAUAAUAUCAUCAUUGGUUUCAACUUCGGUCUUUUGUUAGGGAUGGCUAGUGCAUUGGAGACGCUAUGUGGGCAGGCAUUUGGGGCCAAGAAGUAUCAUAUGAUGGGUAUCUACAUGCAAAGAUCAUGGAUCGUUCUGCUCCUCUGCUCUGUUCUGCUACUACCCAUGUAUCUGUUCGCCACUCCCAUUUUGAAAUGGUUGGGACAAGCGGAGGAUGUGGCUGAGCAGUCAGGUCUGGUGGCGCUUUGGGUUAUCCCUACCCAUUUCAGCUUUGCGUUCCUGUUCCCUCUAACUAGGUUCUUACAGUGCCAGCUUAAGACAGCUGUGAUCGCUUGGGUAUCUCUGGUGGGUUUGAUAGUUCAUGCAUUAGUGAGUUGGCUCUUUGUGUAUGGACUGAAGCUUGGCUUGUUUGGAACUGCAAUUACUCUCAACUUCUCUUGGUGGGUUUUGGAUUUUGGGUUGUUGGGUUACACUGUUUGGGGUGGGUGUCCUCUCACUUGGACUGGUUUCUCAUUUCAAGCCUUCUCUGGGCUUUGGGAGUUCCUCAAGCUCUCUGCAGCUUCAGGGGUCAUGCUCUGCUUGGAGAACUGGUACUAUAAGAUAUUACUAUUGAUGACAGGGAAUCUCAAGAACGCAAAGAUCGCAGUAGAUGCUUUGUCCAUCUGUAUGACCAUUAAUGGAUGGGAGAUGAUGAUUCCACUCGCGUUCUUCGCGGGAACUGGAGUGAGGGUAGCAAAUGAGCUUGGAGCAGGCAAUGGGAAAGGAGCAAAGUUCGCAACAAUUGUAUCGGUGGUGACCUCCAUAGUUAUCGGUCUCAUAUUUUGUACCCUAAUUAUAAUAUUCCACAACAAGUUUUCAGUCAUCUUUACGUCUAGCAAAGACGUGGUUCUUGCAGUCGACAAGAUAUCCAUCCUCUUAGCCUUCACCAUCCUCCUUAAUAGUGUUCAACCGGUUCUCUCUGGAGUUGCUGUUGGAUCGGGAUGGCAAGCUUUUGUGGCCUACAUAAAUUUGGGUUGCUAUUACAUCAUUGGGCUUCCCUUCGGAUGUUUGUUGGGGUGGUUUUUUAAUCUUGAAGCGAAGGGAAUUUGGAUGGGAAUGAUUGGUGGGACUGGCAUCCAAACAUUGAUAUUGGCCAUCAUCGUUAUUCGUUGCAACUGGGAAAAUGAGGCCAUGAAAGCAACAUUGGAGGUAAAGAAAAUGGCGAAAGAGGAUAGUCAGGACAGUGAAAAUCAAAUCAUAGAGAAAUGAAUAUUGAACUUAAUCUAGAAAUUAUCAAAGAAGAAAAAAUUCAGCUUGUGCCUCCAUUGCCGUGGCAGCUUCUGCUGAAGAAGUGUUUCAACUCAACAACUGACACGACGAUGAAGCAUAAGUAAUUCCUUAUUUAUUCAACAAGAUUUGGAGAUAAUAGUUGUUUGAGAGGGUUAAUUAAUAGAGGUUUUCUUUGAGGUUCGCAAAGAUUUAGCUUAGCAAAGAAACAAAGGCUUAUAUUUGUGUGUGGUUUUAUAUUAAGAUUUUUCUCUUAUUUUUUCUUUUUUUCCUUAAAUCAUGUAAACCCUAUGUUGAUGAUGCCAUUCUUUACAUCAUCAUUGAUGUAACAUGGGAAUUGCCUGGAGCAUUUGGGGAUCCCUUUCUCUCCUUUUUAUUGUCUUCUAAUUUUGUCUCUCAAAACAUUUUUCAUCUAAUGGUGUAGCAGAAAGGAGUCUAUUAUGUCCCACUCUAGUAAUGAAACUGAGUAUCUGCCAUUACUGAUACUAAAUCUGAAAUUAUUUUUCUACGGAAGCUUUUUCUCAA